GGCGGACCGACGAGCUGUGGGUCUGUGCUGUCUGUCGGGUGUGAGGCUCUAGACUGAUGUCUCUGCCUGUCAGGAAUUUAAAGUGUCUGUCGCCGGUCAUGUGCCAGUGUAAGGUCAUCUGCAGCAACCGGACCCUGUCUCUCAUGUUCGGGUGCAAGAAGUACAGGUACCAGGAUGAGGAGACGCCCCCCUUGGAGCACAGUCCUGCACAUCUGGCUCCAGGGAAAAGUGCCGAGAUGCUUCAUAUGAGUGACAAGAACCUCGCUGCCAUGGAGGCCAUACAUGGAUACACACCACACACACAUAUCUCUCCUGUCAAGCCUGUGUUGAUGUCUACGGGACACACUCCAAUGUACACCUCCGCCGUUUCCACACUGGGAAAUACUCCUCCGGUGGUGGUGAACACCGACACACUUGAUGGCUCCCCAUAUGUGAAUGGGACAGAAGGGGAAAUCGAAUAUGAGGAGAUCACACUGGAAAGAGGUAACUCAGGCCUGGGCUUCAGCAUAGCAGGAGGAACAGACAACCCUCAUGUGGGCGACGACCCCAGCAUCUUCAUCACCAAAAUCAUACCUGGAGGAGCCGCGGCUCAGGAUGGACGGCUGAGUGUGAACGACUGCAUCCUAUUUGUGAAUGAUGUCGAUGUGAGGGAGGUGACACACAGCCAAGCUGUGGAGGCCCUUAAGGAGGCAGGUGCUAUCGUCCGCCUCUAUGUCCUCCGCAGAAAACCAGCAGCAGAGAAAGUCACCGAAAUCAAACUCAUCAAAGGGCCUAAAGGAUUAGGUUUCAGCAUUGCUGGAGGGGUGGGAAACCAGCACAUACCAGGAGAUAACAGUAUCUAUGUCACCAAGAUCAUUGAAGGCGGAGCGGCUCAUAAAGAUUGCCGUCUGCAGAUCGGGGACAAGAUCUUAGCGGUGAACAACGUGUGUCUUGAGGACGUGAUGCAUGAGGAUGCGGUGGGGGCUCUGAAGAACACAGCCGAGGUGGUGUACCUCAGGGUGGCAAAGCCCAACAACCUGUUCCUGACCAACUCCUACAACCCUCCGGACCUCACCAGCACAUAUUCCCAUAUGGACACUGAACUCAGCCACCCCAACUAUCUCGGGUCAGAUUACCCACAAGCCCUCACUCCCACCUCACCUAGUCGGUUUUCUCCCGUUCUGCAUGGCAUGAUGGGAGAUGAUGACAUCCCCAGGGAGCCUCGCAGAGUUUUGAUCCACAGAGGCUCCACUGGUCUGGGAUUCAACAUCGUCGGAGGAGAGGACGGAGAGGGAAUCUUUAUCUCUUUCAUCCUGGCAGGGGGGCCAGCUGACCUCAGCGGAGAGCUGCACAAGGGCGAUCAGAUCCUCAGUGUGAAUGGCGUGGACCUGCGUAUGGCCACGCACGAACAGGCAGCUGCAGCUUUGAAGAACGCCGGCCAGACGGUGACCAUUAUUGCUCAGUACAGACCCGAUGAGUACAGCCGUUUUGAGGCUAAGAUCCAUGAUUUGAGGGAACAGCUGAUGAACAGCAGUAUGGGCUCUGGGACCACGACGCUAAGGAGCAACCCAAAGAGAGGCUUCUACAUCAGGGCUCUUUUUGACUACGACAAGACUGCGGACUGUGGCUUCCUCAGUCAGGCCCUGGGCUUCAGGUUUGGGGAUGUGCUGCAUGUGUUAGACUGCGGAGACGAGGAGUGGUGGCAGGCCCGUAAGGUCAGCCCCCAGAACGAAGCUGAGGAGGUUGGCUUCAUCCCUAGCAAGCACAGGGUGGAAAGAAAAGAGUGGUCUCGUGUUAACACCAAAGAGAGGGACCAUGGUCGAGACAGCUUGGGCACUCUAGGGAGAGAUAAAACCUCACAAAGUUAUGAGACUGUCACCCAAGUGGAAGUUCAUUACGCGAGGCCCAUCAUCAUUCUGGGUCCUGUGAAAGACAGGAUAAAUGAUGACCUGUUGUCUGAGUUCCCUGAUAAGUUUGGAUCUUGUGUCCCACACACCACGCGGCCCAAGAGGGAGUAUGAGGUGGAUGGGCGGGACUAUCACUUUGUGUCGUCACGGGAACAGAUGGAGAAGGACAUCCAGAGCCAUCGGUUCAUCGAGGCGGGCCAGUACAACAGUCACCUGUAUGGCACCAGUGUCCAGAGUGUCCGUGAGGUGGCUGAGCAGCAGGGGAAACACUGCAUCCUGGACGUAUCGGCCAAUGCUGUGCGCAGACUACAAGCAGCUCAGCUUCAUCCCAUCGCCAUAUUUGUCCGGCCCAAGUCACUGGAGAAUGUCCUAGAGAUCAACACUCGCCUGACAGAGGAGCAGGCCAGGAAAGGAAUGGACCGAGCCCUCAAACUAGAACAAGACUUCCUAGAGUGUUUCUCGGCUGUCGUGGAAGGGGACAGCUUUGAAGAGGUCUAUCACAAAGUAAAGACAGUGAUCGAGGAGCAAUCAGGGCCUUACAUCUGGAUCCCCACCCGGGAGAGGCUGUGAUGCUGCACCCCUUCCCAAACCAUCCCCUUUUUCUCACGACCACCAAACCGACAAUACCACCCUUCACCCUCACGGCCAAGCCAGCCUCGCCUGCCUGCCUGUCUGUCCUCCAGCAAAGUCAGUGCUUAGGCAAUCACUGAGAAUGACACAGAGAGACAAAUGCAUACUAAGUCAAACACAGAGACAAACACAGGAAGUGACACAGCGAGGGCAAAGAACGAUACCAAAAAAAGAGACUCUGAGACAGACGUGAACGCGGCGAUGUGUAAUUAGACUGAAAGAUACUGAGAGAAAAGACUUAAUCGGUAUUCCACUUUAUGAGGCAGGACUGAGUAUGGAGGCGCUGUUCACACUCAGCAUUAAAAUGCAUCUUGGCCACAAGUGAACAGCUCUAAAUACAGCAUCCAAAACUGGGGACGCAAAUGUCCUAAACACAGUUGAUUUAGCGCUGCCAAACAACUUAGUGUGUUUUCUCUGUUUUAGAUGCAGUUUCCCAACAGAUAAAAGCAAAAUGUGAAGCGAAAUCCAAUCAUAAGUGAGAUUUCAGAUGCAUUCUGAUGCCAGGUGUGAACUGCAGUCCAUCUGGAUCUCAACAACGUCUGGACACAAGACAUUAGGUCUGAACAGGGCUUGAAAGAGAGUAGAGGGUGACCCCGAGGUAGUAUUAAAACCACCUCAACUUCCACACCUCUCUCAAGCCCCCCAUUGACCACCUCUAGGCGCCUAUGUCUGAGAUGGAGUUGCCCCUCUUUUUAUAUCACCUCCUGGCUUUCUCUCCCCCUCCUCCUGUCAGCUCUGCCUUGUCUCAGGACAGGAAAGGGGGACGACUGAGAACGGGGAACGGGGGGGGGGCGCCCAGAUCCUGCUGAGUCCCUCUUGACGAGAAGCCUUUUCACGUGAAUCUCCUCUUGGUUCUGAGCGUGAACUCAGAAUAAACACCUCAGCGCCAAGACUGACACUUGCUCAAUCACACCAUGUUGAAUAUCGCGAGGCAUUAUUUAAAGGCAGUUCAAAUAAUUAUAAUGAUAAAAAACUCAUAUGCUGAAUUUGUGCAUGCAUCCUCAAAGACAAUGGAGACAAAAAACAAUGGAAAAUCAGACUAAAAAAAAAAAAAAGAAAAAAGAAAGAAAGAAAGUAGGGUGUGUUCUCCUUCUCCCACGUUCUUAUUGUGGAGGAGGUUCUUUUAGCAUGUCUCAUGAAGGAGGAAGAGAGACAUGAGAUAUGGUCAUGAGAGGCCAAACCUGACAUUAUGUUAAGCCUCUGCUCUCUUACGCACACACACUCACGCACCCACACACUCUCACACCCAUCCACCAACACACACACAUGUAGAGUUGUAACCUCAGCUGUAACCUAGCACACUCCUCUACAGGGCGACUGGCUGCUCUGACCUGCUAGUCAGAAUCCAGGAUGAAUGUUAUCUCUCUAGGCACAAACAGCAGAGCUGUUAGCUUCAUCGCACCACAGCCGACUCACCGACCACUCUUCCAAAAGAAAUCCCUCAGACCUACACACCGUUUCCAGUGGCCGCAGUAAAAGCCAUGGCGUGUGUGUGUGUGUGUGUGUGUGUGUGUGUGCGUGUGUGUUUGUGUGCGUGUAUGUGCGCAUGGGUCUCUGUGUGUGCGCACAACUCCUCUGUGUGGGAGGAAUAGGUCUUCUUUUAUUCUUCCACUUUUUCUCUGCUUCUUUCUCCCUCUUGUGUCCACACAAAUUAAAGCUAAGUCAUGUUUAACAAAUAAAUGGCCUAUAUAUAUAAAUAUAAAUAUAAAUAUAAAUAUAAAUAUAUACAUAUAUCUUUUUUAUGACAAUUUCUAACGGGACUAAGUCUGUAAAAAUCAACAUCUCCAAACAAUAUUCCAUUGAUUCCUUUGGGUGCAGUUUGGUUGUUGAAUUUACUCACAUUUCCCAUUUUUAUUGUUGUAAAACGCAGCAAAAAGCGACACAGAAAGAACUCAAUGUAAAGCAGACCUCACACUAGAGCUUUGAACUGACUUAUUUGACUUAUGUGCGUCGAAAAACUAAUCGAAACACAUGUGCAAUGCAGCUGUGUGUGAUUGUGUGCGUGCAUACGUGUGUUUGCUGCUGUGCGUGCGGGUGACAAGAAAACGUGUGUUGUGUAUAAAAUAUAAAUGAUGCUAUAUGAGAAUAUCUAUCCUUUAUGACAUCCACUGGUGGUUAUGAUGUAUAAUACAUUAAUGGGUGGUGUGUGCGUAUGUGUGUGUGUGUGUGUGUGUGUGUGUGUGUGUGUGUGCCAGAGCGAGAGAGUGAGACGCGCACACGAAGAUGUAGUGCAAUACUGCUAUGAUGUUAUGCAAUGAAGAUGGUUUUACGUGUGUCUCAGAUUACAACAGUAUUUAUAAAGUUUGCACUGACUGGCAUUAUAUGCUACAGGUAGAAAACACGACGGUGGACGGUUUUACGAGCAUGUGUUUGUAUUUACUUAUAAUUUGUUCUGAAUUAUAAGAGUGAAGGUGGAAGUGUUGAUGGAAGUGAUCAUUCAUAUUUAUUGUUUGUUUAUUUUGGCUCACUUGCUUCUCUCAGCUCAAGGUGGAACAGCUGAAGCUCGUGAAUGACAAGUAUCAAGUUUUUUUGUUUAUGAUUUAUUAUUUAUUUAGAACUGUCACAUCUCAAGUCUGUAUAUUUUUGUAUUUUUUUUUUCAUAUUGAGAGAGCUUUUGGGUCUCGGCCAGAAAUGCUGUAAAUAUAGAUAUAGAUAUGUUGGAGUGCUGUGUGGCUUCAGAUUUAGCCGUGCACACACACUGCUGAAUUGAUGCGAGUACAGGAUCCAUCAGAGCCACAGCCCAGAUAAAGUGCUCAAACACAGCAAAAACAUCUGCACACUCCUGGGUGGGCAACACACACACACACACACACACACACACACACACACACACACACACACACACACACACACACACACACACAUAUACACGCACACACACACACACACACACACUCACACAUCCAUGAAUGGAAUAAUAUGUUUUCAAUUUACUUUAUUUGAGGGUUCAAUGUAUUUCUUAAUAUCUCUCUCUCAGCCAUCCGUAUCAUAGUGUGAUAUUCCUUAUAAAAAUAUAUGAAUUUUUACAGAAAAGACUGAUUACAAAGUUACAACAAAGUCAACUGAUGCAGAAAAAUAUAUUUAACGAUGACAAUAUCAAGCAAAAUAAAAUGUUCCAGUUCAGUGAAGCGCUUGUUGUAAAUUAGCUAUAAAAUAAUAAAAUGAAUUUAAAAAUGCUUUCUGAAAA